AGGCGGAGGUUUUCCUGGUGAUGAUGAGAGGUUGAUGAGGGAACUCUCACAUUAUAUAAACAUCGCACUUGACCACUUCUUCCCUGAUGACGGACGAGUCAAGGUCAUUGGAGAGCCGGGUCGAGAGGCCAGGACAACCUCUAGUAGUGAGCACAUUAUGGGGUUGGUCAUGCACUAGUACUGACUGUGUGAUGAAGGACGUCCUCCUACCUGACCUCAGUCUGGGUGACUGGCUGGUGUGGUCCAGGCGGGGCGCCUACAGUCUCUGUUACUUCUCGUCUUUCAAUGGACUUCCACUCCCUGAAGUGUAUAUUCUCGCAACUCCUGACACUGUCAAGUAUCUGAAGGCAUACGAGAACGAACUAGAUGGUAACUCCACUUCAUACUAAGAACUUAAGUGCUGUUCACUUGGCUGAGACAACCAGAUGAUGGUAUCACAACUGUUGGACAACUUAUCUACUGUAUGACCCCUGCGUUGAACCCUUUUCACUGGUCUGUGUGGCUCACUAGAAGGUCAUCCAGGACACUGUUGAAUGGUUAUCAGUGGUGAGCAGAAAAUAUUGUCCAGAGCCAACUGUGACCUCCCUCAAGAACCCAUCCAGGUCCACUGAGCACUGCUUCACUGUGUCGUCCAUUGGUGACUAAUAUUAAUUAUCCAGAAAACAUUUUGAGUGUAAAUCGUGAAACGGAGUUAUGUUUAGAUAUUUUUCCUAGUAUAGAAAAACCCUCUACCCAGUGAAUUGCUCUAAAUCAUCAAGAAGUGGGAGAGGAAAUCGUGGCGCUUGUUUCAUUUAAUGCUCUUAAACCGAUAACAGUACAGAUACGACUAUUUUUUCUGAGUGUUGAAAUGUUAGGGGAAUAUAUUCCAUUGCUUUGUCUUGAAUAAUAUAUAUAUUAAUUGUAACCUAUGAUGUGAUGAACGUGGAAUGUAUGUAAUGUAAACACGUAAAUAAAUUGUGUAUCUGGAUCUAAA